AUGCUGGACGAGGUCGACCUCUUCGUGAUCGCGGUCGCGAUGGCGUGCAUCUUCGCGAUGGCCAUCUGGUCUGCCUGGCGGGAGCGCAAGGCCGAGGGGCACCAGGGCGCCCAGGUCUCGGGCGACAGCGCAUACUUUCUGGCGGGGCGCGAGAGCACGUGGUGGCUCACGGCUGCGUCUCUCUUCGCCAGCAACAUCGGGAGCGAGCACUUCGUCGGACAGGCCGGCACAGCAGCGCACGCAGGCAUGGCGGUCGCGCUGUACGAGUGGACUGCCGCGUACUUUCUGCUGCUCCUCGGCUGGCUCUUCGCGCCGAUAUACCUCAAGCUCGGCCUGACGACGGUGCCUUCGUUCAUGGAGCUGCGCUUCAGCCGCACGUGCCGCCUCGUGAUGGUGACGGUCACGCUGCUGACGUACGUCAUGUCCAAGGUGGGCGCGGGGUUGUACGCGGGGGGGGUAUUGCUGGACGUCGUGGCGGGGAUGAACCUGUACGCCGCGGCGCCGGCUAUCAUCCUCGCCACGGGCGCGUACACGCUCGCCGGCGGCCUGCACGCCGUCCUGUGGACGGACCUGGUUCAGCUUUUCAUAUUCCUGUCCGGCGGCCUCGCGGGGGCGUGGCUCGCCGUGGGGCGCGUGGGCGGCGUCGACGGCAUGUUCCGGUCCAUGGCGGAGGCGGGGAGGCCCGAUUUCCGGCACCUGUUCCGUCCGGCGAACGACCGCAGCCUGCCGGGGGCUGGCAUGGUGCUUGGACAGACCGUGGGCAGUAUCUGGUAUUGGUGUCUCGACCAGGAGAUGGCGCAGCGCGUGCUGUCGUCGCGCUCCCUGCCGACCGCGCGGCUCGGCACCGCCGCCGCGGGCCUCCUGAAGAUCCUGCCCGUCCUCAUCAUCACCCUCCCGGGCAUCGCUGCGCGCGCACUCUUUGAACGAUGCCGCAUGUCAGACGGCGAGGAGUUCCCCGAGUGGUGCGGCACGGAGCUGGACGAUGAGGAGGGCGCCAACAGGGCGUACCCUCUCCUCGUGGUCAAGGAGUUCCCGUCCGGCCUGCGCGGCCUCAUGGUCGCGUCCUUCCUGUCCGCCAUGAUGUCCUCGAUGGCCGCGGUGUUCAACUCCGCGUCCACCGUCUUCACCUACGACGUGUACAAGGCCCUCUAUCAGGACCCGCGGCGCGUCCGAGAGGCUGCAGUGGCCGCGAACGCCAGGGCGGUGCCGCGCGCGGGGUCCGCGGACGGCGCGGCGCUGGUGGCGCGCACGACGCCCACGUUCGACGAGGCUGACGACGCGGGGACGCACGCGGCGCGGGAUUCGGGGCACAGCAGCGUGCGGAGGCGGGGUUUGUCGACGCCGGAGUCGCGGCAGCGGCGGCGGGCGUCGAUGCCGCCGGCGAGGCGUGGUGGCGUGGAUGACCGGGGGGCGGGGGAGGAGGGGCGGUUGCCGCUGGACGAGGCAGCGCAGCGGCAGCUGGUGCGGGUUGGGCGGUACACGACAGCGGCGAUGGUGGUGCUUGCGUUCGCGUGGCUGCCGGCGAUCAGCUCGCAGCACACGCAGCUCUACCUGCUUGCGCAGUCAUGCACGCAGCACCUCGUGCCGGGGCUGGUGUCCGUGGUGCUGCUGGGGGUGUUCUGGCCGCGUGCGAACGCGCAGGGCGCGGUCGCGGCGCUGGUCGCGGGCGCCGGGGGCGGGCUGCUCCAGCUCGGGGCCAGCAUGAUCGGAGCAGGAUACUGUCGCGACCGCACGCGCGUAGACGACGGCGGCAACGUGCUCCAGGAACUGAAUGGCUGGGACUGGCUUCUAUGUCUUCACUUCCAGUACUGGGCCUUCAUCCUGGCCGCACUGACGGCGCUCGUGGCCGUCGUGGUGUCGCUGCGGUACCCCCCGCCCCCCCCCGGCCGCAUCAGCGACGCUCUGGCGAGGUUCGACGUGGUUGGGGGUGCGCGACGCUACUUGUGCGGCGCGCCGCCGGCGCCGACCGUCACGCACGUCGAUCCGCCUGCGCGCCACGCCGCUUUCGAUCUCGACGCUGCGUGGUGCACCCCGAACGGCACGAGCGGGGUGCAGCACGGUCGCGGGAGCACUGUGGGCGCUGGGCACGACGACGGGGACAGAGCAGGCGCAGAGGACGCGCGCCUGCUGUCGGGGGACCCUGUGGACUCGUCGGCAGUCGCUGGACACGGCGCCGACGUACCGGCGCUGGAGGUGGAGACACCGCGCAGAGGCUGGGCGCCGCGAGAGCACCUUGUGUCGCCACACGACAUCGACGCGAAGCUCCAUCCGGUCGCGAUGGUCAUGUCGUGCGUCGUCGUCACGAUCAUCUCCGGCCUGCUGGUAUACUGGCGGUGA